AUGCCGAAGUUCAUUGUUAAUACAAAUAUAAGCAAGGAUAAAGUUCCAGACUCUUUCACGGGUGAGCUUACCCAGCAGUUAUCAAAAGCAAUGGGCAAACCAGCACAGUAUCUAGCAAUACAGAUCUCUUCUGACCAGCUGAUGUCCUUUGGUGGCUCCACAGACCCCUGUGCUAUGUGCUUUCUCUACAGCAUUGGCAAGAUAGGGGAGCAGGAGAACAAGGAACACCCUGGCUGGCCUGCAGCACUCUGCUCUCAGCAGCUAACAGUGUCUGUCUUCCCUUUCAGAAUCUAUGUCAGCUUCUUUGAGAUCAGUGCUGGCAACGUAGGCUGGAACAACACCACCUUUGCUUGA